AUGAAAAAGAACAAAUCAACCAAGAGCAAAAGGAAGACAAAAAAUGAUCCCUUAAAGGUUGACCGACUAAAGGUGAAAAUGCCAAAGAUCGACAAGGUUGACCUCAAGGUGAAAAUGCCAAAGAUCGAUGCGGAUUCCGACUCAUCGACGAGUUCCUCCUCUUCCUCCUCCUCCUCGUCCUCUUCAUCAUCAUCAUCUUCUUCCUCGGAUUCUUCGUCCAGUUCCAGUUCCAGUUCCUCCUCCUCCUCACGAUCUAGGAGCCAGAAAGAUCCCAAAGAGGCAACACAAGACGACACGAGGACGAAAGAGGGCAUUCCCAAAGAAGUGACCACCUCAUCACCCGGCAAAGAUACUACUACUUCGACACGAGCCAUACCACGGAAAAAGCGGAAACAUAAUGACGACGAUGAUGAUGAUGAAACGAAGGAUGCGACGACCAAAACGGCCGCGGCACAUGAAACAACAAUCCCGGCCCAGAAAAUGUCCACACCGAUGAUGACAAAGGCCAAAUCAAGUCACAAGGAUGCUCCUGCCACGAAUGACGCACCGACCAGCACGGCACGAAAACGGCAAAAGAGAAAGAAGAACCUUUCAAAGCGAAACAUUCCUAGCCUCUACGAUGACGAGGAUGAUGACAAUAGUAGUGACGAGGAUGAUGACAGUCGAAUGAUUGGCAAUACCAAGGACUAUUAUGACUACGAUGAUGAGAAAGAUCCAGAACAAGGCCUAUCGGUGCGCGAACUAAAGAUGCAAAUCUUGGGCCGGGACGUGGAUAGUUCCAAUCCAAAUUCACAACAGCGUAGACCAAUGAUCGCAGCGGACCUGGACCGGCAUGUCUUGUCCAAAGUACCAGCCACCAAAUCCGUCACACCCACUGCUGUCACUGACAGUGCACCCAGCAAGGCGGAGCUCAAGAAUGAAUUGACUUGUAUUGUUUGUCAAGAAGUCUUCCUGGAUCCCAUCUCUUUGCCAUGUGGGCAUUCCUUUUGCAAGAAUUGUGCCGAAUGGUGGUGGCUCCAACCCCACAAGCGAGACCGAAAGGAUUGCCCCACUUGUCGACAAAAGGUACCCUGUGCCAUGGAUUCUGAUACGCCACAUAUUGAAAUCAAUGUGGCACUACGGGCCUGCGUCAUGGCGCUCUUUGGUGAUUCCGUCAAAAAGCGGAUUCAUGCCACAACGGCUGGAGAACAUGGGGGCAAACACUCGCGAGGAUAUGAACAAUUGAUCCCUCUUGACCAAGACUUUUGGAGGCGGAUAGAUUACAACACUUCCAUGUUUGCCAAGAAAGAAUCCUUCUUUCAAAUCCGACACAGUGUGGUAUUGGACGAUCAAGACCAGCAGAUGCAACUUGGUCUGUGUCUGUUUGGACGUCCUGAACAAAUAGUGGACGAUAGUUCCACUCUUAUUAUUCGUCUGGUUCUAAUGACUAUGCAGGAGGACGAAGUGGAAGAUAUGUCAGAGUUUCCCAUAUUUACCACCCCAGCCGAUGACGAUGAUCACCAUUUCAUAUGUACCCACCAAGAUCGAUAUCAAUACUCCUUUUUGGAAGUAGCUAGCUGUGCAGAAGGCAACAACUUGGGAUCCAACACUAAUAAUGAGAAUCAUCGAAGUGUCUACAACUACAAUUGGGAACCAAUUGGUCGUGUUGCAAUGGAUCAAAAGGAAUUCGUAACCGAACUCGGUAUCAUUGAAUAUCAUUGGCAACCCCGAAAUAAACAUCGUCGACUUCGGUUCAAACACUCGGAAACGGGAGCUGAAAUGGAAGUCGACAUGUCCAAACUGGAUCUCAAGAUGAUCCGAGAUGCUGCCAAGGCAGACGUGGACGAUCUUCAAGAGGGUGGCCGCCGAAACAAUCCUAGCAGCUUUGUCUACGAUCAGAAUGAUCGAGAAAUGGAAGACGACGAGGACAGCAAUGCCAAAAAUGAGUACGAAGACGACGGUUUUCUUGUCAAGGAAGGUAGCGAAGAUGACAAUGCCAGCGAAUUUUCUGGUGAAUUCAGUACUGCUGAAGCCAGUCACAAUAACAAUGAUGAUGAUGAUGAUGGAAGUAUUGACCACUGCGACGUUUGUGGCAAAGAUGGAGAGCUUAUCGUUUGUGGUGCUGGAGAAGGUGAUGAUGAAAUCGGAUGUAGCAAAGCCUUUCAUAUAACUUGCAUUGGACGGACGGAAGUCCCUGCGGGCGACUGGAUCUGUACCCAAUGUGCCAAGCAAGAAGACAAGCUUUCGUUGGUUGUUUCCUUGGCCGCCACCUCGGAAAAUCCCAACUAUGGCUAUGAGUUUCCAGAAUUUUGUAGCAAUGUCGCAAUCGAAGGCAGCGACGAAGAUAGUGACAGUGACAGCAGUGGCGAUGGGAAUGUAAAAAUUGUACGUCCAAGCAAGAAGAGCAAGAUGAAGGUGGCCAAGAAGAAGUCAAAGAAGAGUUUGAAAGACAGCGACAGCGAAGACGAGAUCCCCCCACCCAAACGAAAAAGUAAAAAGGGCAAGGCUGCAGUUCUCGACGACAGUGGCAGCGAGGAGGAUACCCCACCACAACCUAGCAAGAAAUCAAAAGCAAACAAGAAGAUACAUCACUUGGAUGACAGUAGUAGCGAUAGCGACAAAGAAAUGGCGGAUGAUUCUUCCCCAGAUGCCAAGCCAAGCAAAUCAAAGACUCAACGCAGGGUGAUAGCGGAGGAUAGCGAUAGUGACUAA